CUCUCUGGCUUCUUAAACCGCGGAGAGCAGCGAGCUGCAGGAGUGAGCUGGAGGGGACGUCCCGCAAAGCUUCUCUCUCUGGGCCAGACCCGUGGCGCGCACCGCUGCAGCUCCGCUGGACCCCAGCACCGGGAGGCGCUCAUCCCGCAGUUUUCGGCGGACACAACAUCUUUAUUUGCAUGUGGUGCUGAGGAUCGAACCCAGCGCCACGCGCAUGCCAGGACUCUCUGCACCUGAGAGAAAGAUUUUCUUUUCUUUCUACAAAUAGUAUUACUUAUUAAUGGAGAAAACUUGUACAGUUAUGCUUCCUCUUACAAUGAAUUCUUCAGAAAAGCCACAGACUGUCUGCAUUUUUGGAACAGGGGAUUUUGGAAGAUCACUUGGAUUUAAAAUGUUCCAGUGUGGUUAUUCUGUUGUAUUUGGAAGUCGAAACUCCAGGAUGUCCAGCCUGCUGCCCAGUGAUGCCGAGGUCUUCAGCUAUUCAGAAGCUGCCCAGAAGUCUGACAUCAUACUUAUUGCAAUCCACAGAGAGCAUUAUGAAUUUCUCAGAGAACUAACUGAGGAUCUCAAUGGGAAAAUAUUGGUAGAUGUCAGCAACAACCCCAAAAUUAAUCAGUAUCCAGAAUCUAAUGCAGAAUACCUUGCUCAGUUGGUGCCGGGAGCUUAUGUGGUAAAAACAUUUAACACCAUUUCAGCCUGGGCUCUCCAAUCAGGAGCACUGGAUGCAAGUCGGCAGGUGUUUGUCUGUGGAAAUGACAGCAAAGCCAAGCAAAGAGUGAUGGACAUUGUUCGUGCUCUUGGACUUACCCCGUUGGAUCGAGGAUCUCUCAAGGCAGCCACCGAAAUUGAAAACUACCCCCUGCAACUAUUUCCCAUGUGGAGGUUCCCCUUCUAUUUGUCUGCUGCACUCUGUCUCUUCUUCUUUAUCUACUGUGUUAUAAGAGACGUAAUCUACCUCUAUGUGAAUGAGAACAAAGACAGCACAUUUCGCAUAGCUGUAUCCAUUCCGAAUCGUGUCUUCCCUAUAACAGCACUUACCCUGCUUGCGUUGGUUUACCUUCCUGGCGUCAUUGCCGCCAUCCUGCAGCUGUACCAAGGUACCAAAUACCGACGAUUCCCAGACUGGCUCGACCACUGGAUGCUUUGCAGAAAGCAGCUUGGCUUGGUGGCUUUGGGGUUCGCCUUCCUUCACGCCAUCUACACGCUUGUGAUUCCUAUUCGUUAUUAUGUACGAUGGAGGAUAAGAAACACAACCAUUACUCAGGUGAUCACCAAGAAAGAUGAUCCAUUUUUAACCUCUGUGGCCUGGCAUAGUGAUUCAUAUUUAUCUUUGGGAAUCCUUGGAUUUUUUCUGUUUGUGCUCUUGGGAAUCACUUCUUUGCCAUCAGUUAGCAACAUGAUGAACUGGAGAGAGUUCCGGUUUAUCCAGUCCAAACUGGGUUAUUUGACCCUGAUCUUAUGCACAGCCCACGCCCUACUCUAUGGCAGGAAGAGGUUCCUCAGCCCUUCAAUUCUAAGAUGGUACCUUCCUUCAGCUUAUGUUUUAGCACUUAUCAUUCCCUGCACAGUGCUGGUGAUCAAGUUUAUCCUCAUCAUGCCGUGCAUAAACAAUACCCUUAUGCGGAUCCGACGGGGCUGGGAAAGGGAUUCAAAAUGCUCAAAAUCAGCACUGAAUGGAAAAUCAGAUAUUUAAAGGAAAGUUGAAUUUACCUGGACUUUUGAUGCAUAGUAUUGAAUGUUUAGAGAAGAAUAAUGGAUACAGAAAUGGGUAAGACAGCUCUUUUUCUCUCACCAUGGCCUGAAGUUUAUCAACACGGACAGAAACUUUGCUAACUGAUAAAAUGACAGAUUGGAAGAGAACACCAUUCUUUCUCAAGUUAGUGAUGGGAUCAGAGCAGGUCCCCCCCCCCCCUUCUCCUCUGAGGCCAUGGGGCUGCCAACAGAUUAGUUUUGUGGUUUCACAUUAAGAAGUUUCUUUGCUGUAGGCAACAUUCAUGAUCUUAUCUUGCAAAAUCCAGAAAAGUACAUACAACUUCCUCCUUAGAUUCAAGCACUGAGUUAAAUGAAUGAGAAAGUAGCACCACAAUGACCACAGAUAAAGGCUUUGCACAACAUGUCUGAAGAAUAGGCUCAAAUGGAGUAAAAAGAAUGAAAUUUUUUGCUUCCUUUUUGGAAGUAAAAUGGUGAUCAUAAAUAUGCCAUAGUGUAUUUUGGUUUUGUUGUUUUGUUUUACAAUGCUAUGGCCAAUCCAGGACCUUGAACAUGCUAGGCAAGCCACCGUACCACUGAGCUACACCUCCAACCCUGCCACAGUGAAAUCCAUGCUUAAGUGUAUACCUUUAUUUUGUUUUUAACAGUACAUAUAUCUACCAUGGAAAACUAUUUUGGAACGCAACAAAAAUAUUGCAUUUGAUUGGAAGUAACCACGCCUUGGAUAUAUACAAAUCUAUAUAAUUGUUUUAGUCAGGGUUUUUUUUUUUUUUUUUUUUUUUUUUGCCUCUGUGACCAAAAGACCUGAAAAGAACAAUUUUAGUGGAGGAAAAGUUUAUUUUGGAGCUCACCAUUUCAGAAGUCUCAGAGCCCAUGGUGAGGCAGAACAUCAUAGAAGAGGAGAACAGCUGGGGACAUGGCUCCAGGAAGCAGAGAGAGCCUAAGCUCACAAAAUAUAUACCCUAGAGGCAUAUCCCCAGUGACCCACCUCCUUCAGCCACACUCUACCUGCCUAUAGUGACCCUCAGUCAGUCCCUAUCAGGGGAUUAACACACUGACUGGGAUAGGGCUCUUAUAACCCAAUCAUUUCACCUCUAAAACUUCUUGCAUUUUCUCACACAUGAGCUUUUAGGGGACAGCUCAUAUCCAAACCAUAACAAUUGUCAUAAAUCUUUCCUCUACAGGGAUAGAUAUGGGAAAGACUGAAUCAAAGUGGAACAGUAUCCAUUUGGAUUUUCUCAGGGUGCAAUAAGCAAGGAAGACUUGAUAAAAGACUUUGAACAAAAAGUUAAAAUAAAUCAGAAUUUUAGUUAGCAAACUAAAUAAACAUUGUAAAGCUUCACCAUAUUGAUAUUAAUGCUUUAUAAAUUACAUUUUAAAAUAUUGUACAAUGCUAAUCAUCUAUGAAAUCCCAGCGACUCAGGAGGCCGGUGCAGGAGGAUCACAAGCUCAAGGCCAUCCUCAGUAUUUUAUCAAGGUUUUAAGCAAUUCAGUGAGACCCUGUCUCAAAACAAAAAGGGUGGGGAUGUAGCUCAGUGGUAAAGCACCCCUGGGCUAAAUCCCUAGUAAAAGCAAAAAAAUCAAAUGAACAAUCUGAAAAAGUAAAUUUGACCAAUGCCUAGAUGCAGAGAAUUACAGGCAAUCACAGGGCAAAGAAAGUGUGAGCAGUAGUUUCUGUGAGACAUGUCUAUUCUCAAAUCCUUGUUAGCAUGUAAGAGUGUGGGAUGGUUCUCACUGCUGUUCUGGGCUGACUCUGCCCUUUCCAAGAUGACCUUCAGCAGAAUGAUCCCCAUGGCUCUAGCAUGGAACUAAAAGGAGACUUAAGCACAUCUUCCCACGUCACCAAAAUAACUAAAAAGCGUUGGGUUUGACAUUUUUCUGCCUAAUCUACAAAAUCCGUUUAUUUUUCUUUGCCUCUUACUUUUAUGAUUACAUAUUACACAUGAAAUUAUAUUAUGUAAUUAAAAUAUAUUAAAAUAUUACCCCAUAACCCAGAAUGACUUUCAAUAAAGCUUGUUCUAUCUAUAUCAAAUAUUCAUUUUUACUUCCUUUUACACUUAAUUUCUUAAAGGUCUUAAUCUCUACUUACAUGGCAUAUAUGUUUAUUUAAUGGCUGCAUAAUAUUACAUAAAUGAGCUUUUAUGUAAGCACUGCCCUAAUGGAAAACAUAGGCUAUCUCCAUUUUUUACUAAAACAAAUAACAUUUCAGAAAAUCUUUGUGCUAGUAAUAUUUUUCCAUAUUUUCAUUGUUCUCAGAAGACUUAUCAAGAAUUUGGAUUACAAAAUUAAAGAAUGUAUACUAGCAUUUGCUAUGUAUUGCCAAUUUAAUUUUAAAGGUGACAAUAUCAAUAUUACCAUUGGGUGAGGGUGUUGGUUUCAUAGCAAAAUUGUAGGUUUGGGGUUGUAUUUCCAUUUGUGUUUUCUUAAAUAGAGCUGAGAAGGUACACAGAGCAUAUGCUCCUUUCAUCUAUCCUUGAUCAACCCAAGUAUGGAUACAAAAAGCAGCAAGAGUGAGCAGGGCCAAGGUGUGCAGGGCUGACCAUGGAGCGUCAGUGGGGAAGACAAGGGAGAUAUCACUGCUUACCCAUGUUCUGCAAAGCAGCCUGUGUGCCAGAACUGGCCUAGAGAAUUGGUGCCAUUGUUUAAGUACCAAAGCUUAAGUACCAUCCAGGAUGGUCCAGAGAAGCCUGUGGAGUCAAGCCUUUCUAGAAAGAGUCACAGUCCUCCACUAAAAAUAGAAAAUGCCACAUUUUUUUGUUGUUGUUGAUAUGUUCUAAUUAGUUAUGCAUGACAGCAGAAUGCAUUUUGAUUCAUUGUACACAGAUGGAGCACAACUUUUCAUUUCUCUGGUUGUACAUAAUGUAGAGUUGCGACGUAUAUGCACUCAUACAUGCACCUAGGGUCUCACCAGUGUCCCACGUGGGCAGUAGGGAUGGGGUUCCCCUCAUGGAAAGAGUUGGAUGAGAAAUGAAUACUAGGAAAAAUAGGACAGCAAAAGAACCACAGGACACCGAAAAUAUCUUCAAAAACAAGGGCGGGAUGGGCAAGCCGAUCAUAUGGAUUGGGCUUCUAGACUCUGGCAAAAUGGAGCCUAUGCCUGCUUCAUUUAUAUUGGGAAACAUCAAAGACCUUCCAUAGAAUGUGCUUCACCAAAAAGGUUAAAAUUGGGCUGUCCAGAUCCCAGUGCAUUAUGCCCAUCUUCAGAGCUACUAUGAGGGGUCUUUCUAGUACAGCAGAGAUAAAAGUCAUGUGCACUGGGCAAUCUAUUGCCACAGGAGAGCCAUGGAUAGUUUACAAUGCCAAACCUAAAUCUCCCUGGCUACCAUACUGAGAAGACCCUCAAGUAAUUCACGGUGGCUUCUCACACUAGGCUAAUGAAGUUCAUCUCAGUCUACCAUCUUUCCUGCACCCAUGCUCCCUCCCCUUCCCUCCUUUCCCUUUUCCAAAAGUUCAUCCAUUAUCCCCACACCCACCCCACCCCCCAUGAUGGAUCAGCAUCCAUGUAUCAGAGAGAACAUUCAGUCUUUGGAUUUUAGGAUUGGCUUACUUUGCUAUGGUAUUCUCCAUCUGCAUCCAUUUACCUGCAAAUGACAUAAUUUUAUUCUCUUUUAAAGCUGAGUAAUAUUCCAUUGUGUAUAUAUGCCAUAGUUUCUUUCCCCAUUCAUCUGUUGAAGGGCAUCUAGGUUGGUUCCAAAGUUUAGCUAUUGUGACUUGAGCUGCUAUGAACAUUGAUGUGGCUGUGUCACUAUAGUAUGCUGAUUUUAAAUCCUUUGAGUAUAGACUGAGGAGUGGGAUACCUGGGUUAAAUGGUGGUUCCAUUCCAAGUUUUCUAAGAAAUCUCCAUAUUGCUUUUCAUAGCGGUUGCACCAAUUUGCAUUGCCACCAACAAUAUGUGAGUGUAUUUCUCCACAUCCUCGACAACAUUUAUUAUUGCUUGUAUUCAUAAUUGCCAUUCUGACUAAAGUGAGAUGAAAUCUUAAAGUAAUUUUGAGUUGCAUUUCUCUAAUUACUAGAGAAGUUGAAUAUUUAUCAUGUAUUUGUUGAUUGAUUGUAUAUCUUCUUCUAAAAAGUGUCUAUUCAGUUCCUUAACUCACUUAUUGUUUGGGUUAUUUAUUUUUUUGGUGUUAAGUUUUUGAGUUCUUUAUAUAGCCUGGAGAUCAAGGCUCUAUCUGAUGUGUGUAUACUAAAAGAUGUUCUCCCACCCUGUGGCCACUCUCUUUACCUUAUUGUUUCCUUUGCUGAGAUGAAGCUUUUUGGUUUGAAUCCAUCUCAUUUAUUGAUUCUUGAUUUUACUGCUUGUGCUUUAGGAGUCUUGUUAAGGAAGUCAGGACCUAAUCCGACAUGGUCUCUGCCAGGGUUGGGGGGCUUUCCUGGGCCUGCUCAGUCUCCACUGGUGUUCAUGAGGCUGUCCUGGGCCUCACUAGUCUCUGCACAGAUGGGCGGGCUGUCCUAGACCUUCCUGGUCCAAUGCCACACCUUUUGUAAAACACUUGUAAUGAAGACAAGCUCUAUUUUUUAUCGCCUAGUAAGAAUACUCCACUGCAGGGGCUCAGUGGUACAGCACUUGCCUAGCAUGUAUGAGGCACUGGGUUAGCUCUUCAACACCACAUUGGGGGAAAAAAAACCACAACUACAUAAACAAAAUAAAGGUAUUGUGUCCAUUACAAUUAAAAAUAUUAAAAAAAAAAAAAGAAUUCUCUACUUGAGUACUUAAAAAAGCCACCAGGAAGCCUGAAGUUGGAGAUUACCCCGGUGGUUUCAUCAGGUUCCCAUCAGCCACCCAGAGAAGGCCAAGUUCUCCUUCCAUCCUUCCAACAACCCUUCCUCCACCCAAAACCAUCAAACUUAUUUUACUGUCUUCACACAACUGGCUCUUCCAGGUGAAAAAAAAGAGUUUAGAACAGAUAGAAACAGGUGCUUUGAGUGAAUUGUACUCCUUUUAACAGAUUCAACCUGUUCAACAUAAAAAUGUUGAACUAAACUUCUUUACCAGUGGUAUGUUUCCUGUAUUCUAAGAAAAAAAUUAUAAAGUUCAUAGAUCAUUUAUUUUUGUAUUCUUUCGACUGAUUUUAUAAAUGUGUACCCACUAAAUGUUCCUUUUAAAAUAUUUUCUAGUUUUGUUUAAUUCUGGUUUUGAUUCAUCCUCAUUCCAAAGAAAGUGCCUAAAAGGUUUUGAAUCACAGGAGUUCCAGCAAAUGGGACUAAAAAUGCCAUCCCUAGUGAUGAGGGUAAGGAGAGGGCAGUACAUAGAUUAAAAGCAGAUGCAUGGAUUGGCAGCUUUGUGCAAUAUAUGCUUGAGCUUAGCUGGGUGGUGCAUUCCAAGUCCUGCUUGUGCUUCCACAUGACCUCAGAGAGCAUAGGCAUCAGCUGUCUAAACACAGGGAUGGCUAUAGUAUCCCACCCAGGAGUUUUGUGAGCAUUGAAGAAAAGAUGCUUUCCUUCUGAAGGCAGAUGCCACCAGAUCAGGACUAACAAGUGGCUUAACAAGUGGACUUCAGGUCGGAUUCAGACAGUGCGAUCUGGCAUUAAAUGUCCUGCACAACUGGAUGGCUGCAGCCCUAAUGGGUGUUAGUUAUCAUGCUUUCAAAAUAUGAUUUAAAAUACCACUGAUGAAGAAAGAACUGGCAAUUUGGAGUAAGCCAGAGCAAAUGGGAAAAGCCCUUAAGCAAACCUACUUCAAUUAGAAAUUCAUUCAAGAGCUCUUUAUGCAUUUAUUGUUCAGGGAUCACAAGAGUCCUGACAAUGAUGAAUGUGUAUAAUGCAUUUCACCUCUGGGAGCUCAAGAGAUUCUGGAACUUCUCCCAAAAUCGUGGAGAAAGGGCAUUCAAGGUACUGCACACAAAGGUCACAAUUUUCAUUCUCAUCACUACCAGCAUCCCCACCAUCACCAGGCCAACAUACACACACACACACACACACACACACACACACACACCAGAAGAGCCCACAAAUAUCCUUACACAAUCCUACUCCAAUCCUCUAUAAAAAGGAUUACAAUCUAAAAAAAUCCUCCACUGUCUAAAGAUUUGUUCAGUAGAACUUAGGGAAAGAGAAUAAGUUACUCUUACCUCAAGUUCAAGGCAAAACACUGAACUCCCAAAUAGGACCCAGGUGAGAGAAGGCUCAAGGGUAAAGGGACAGGACUGGAGAGAAGGGGAGAGUGGAAGAGUGGGACAGUGCAUCCUGGCCUUCACCCAGGCAAGACUAAAAGCACCCAGUGCUGCUCGCUGCCUGCUGCAAGGGAAUCUUGGAUGGCUUUCAAUGAUCUCUAUCAUGUAACAGUAUGAGCAAACCCUGUGCUAACACAACAGCUAUUAUCCCAUUUAAUCUUCCUAACAAUUCUCUAAUGUACUUUUUAUUAACCCAACCUUUUCAGAAGAAGAAACUAAGCCUUGACAAAAUAGUUCACGCAACCAGUAAGAGGCAGAGAUAGACUUUGAAUCCAGGCAGUCUGACUCUAGAACCAUCCCCUCUGAACACAACUGUAGGAUGGAGAACACAGUGCUAUCCUCUAGAAUUUCCUUGGAAUCCACAAAUUAGGCUAAAAAGACCAAAUCACUGGCAAUUCUAUUCUGAAAGAUUUUUUUUAAACAGGAAUCUCUUUAACAUUUUAUAUAUUCUUGAAUCCCCUGUUCUCAAUACUCCCAACUUGCUUGUGUUGAUUUCAAUACAUACUCCGAGGUGGUUGUAAUGCAGGAUCAACCCUGUGGCAACUGCCAGUUUAAUCUUCCCACUUUGGCCACAAGUCUUCCUGAGCUCAGAGGGAGUUCUCCAGGGAAAGAGAAGCAAACCCCCCACCCCUACCCCCACCAAAGGACUCAAGAGAGCAGUGAAGGAGGGGACAGCUCCUCUCUCUCCAGCUCACCUGAGUGUUUUGUGUACUGAACCUAUUUGUACUUGAGAUCCAGUGACUCAUGCAGAAAAUUGCAUAACACUUUUCAUUUAGAGCUUCAAUACUUGCCAAGGAAUCUUAGUUCUUUAAAAAUAUAUGCAUAUUUUUAUAUAUAAGUUUUAGUCCUAUUGCCUAUAACCUAGAGCUGCCAGUCUCUCUGUUUUUUAAAAAUGAAGGGCUGUUGGACUAGCACUCACAGUACAUCAAAAACUAGUGAGACAUAAUCAAUGAAAAUCAGACUUUCCCCCAUGAUUUUUUAGAAUCAAGAGGUUUUUAAGGAGUUCAAUCAGAAUACUAGUUCCAUUUUUACUAAUCCUUUCUUUCAUGUUGAUAAUAGGGGUGAGAAAGAAUGACAGACUCCCUGUUCUCAUUUCAUUACAGCAGAGUAGUAGUAUCUGUGAACACUGGGAGCCAACACAGAGACUGCCCACAGAGUCUCUAACAGCCAGCCAGACUUCCCCUCUCAUGAUAGGGCACUGAUGGACACCAGGAAGAAAUCUCUCCCAUAUUUAGGCACUGUGGGCAGUUAUUAGGUAUCUCUCUCUUGUAUCUCACCGAAGUUUUCUUAGUUGUACUUUCACCUAUUUUUCUGAAUGCUAACACCUAAAACAGGAAUAAGGGCCCAUAUUUUUGUUUUGUGUUUUUUUUUUCCAGCUCAUCAUUGAGCAGUGUGCAUCUCACACUUAAAUAUUUUGGCAACAAUAAAUGACCACUCAAGUUUUUAAACUUUAAGUUUCUGAAUUUAUCACAGACUGGUAAUAAAUGAGGUAGGAUUAAAAAAUAAAUAGGUAGAAAGGAGACAUAAAAAAAGGACAAGGAAACAAAAUUUUAAUUCAAAACUUCUACAUACUGUUCCAGGCCUAUCACUUCCCAAGCCAGUUUUCUUCCCACGUCGUCACUCCCAAGUUCCUGGGAAAUCUAUAAGUCUUAAAGUUUAUGGUAAAUUCACUCACAUAUGGUAAUUAUCUUCUGCACUAUUAAUUAGCUCACCAAAAAACAGGUUUAGCAAAGAAAAAUACGAUAUUUUUAAAAACCUGUCAUUGAGGGAGACUUUCCAGUGUUUCUAUUGAUCAGACAACGAAGACCACAUCAGCCAGCAUGCUGAAAAUGACCAGACCACCAAAAACUGUCUUGAAAUCAGUAGACUAAUAACUUCCCUAUAUACCUUCCCAUAUCCACUUCUCAACAAGGUUCCUUUAAAAAAAAAAAUUGGCAGGUGAAGUAGCCUGCUUUCUCUCUUGAGUGCAUGUCUGCAUUCCUAAAUAAACCAUAAACCUCAUUCUAUGCCUUUGACUGGUACAUGAUGGAAUUCUUUCCCAUCUUCCUAAGUCAAGGACCUGUUGGUCCAGGGUGGAGUUCCCCUUUGUCUCUGAGAACUCCUCAGGCCCUUCCUCCAGAGAGAUACCUUUGCCUAUGACACAAACACUUCACAAAGCAGCACUAUCUGCAGAGCAUACAUUGACUAUUAAACAUAGGCCCCAGAAACCCAGGUUGGCUUGGUUUCUUCAGACACUGAUCCUGAGGCAAGGAUUCUGGGGCAAAUGGUUUAUCCUGUAAGUUAAAUCAUUAAAUACCGGGAGAAGUAAAGUAGACAGGACAGGGGAGGAGUAAAGUGAGAACAGGGGAGGAGUAAAGUGUGAGUUUUUAAGCCAGUCGCCCACAGGGGUGACUUGGAGCUUAGCUCAGCUAGGCAACUCUAGGAGGUUGUGUCAAAUAUACCUGAGAACUAUCAUCAUCUAGGUGAAAGAAAACUGUGGUUUUCAUCCACUAAAUCCCUGCUAAUCGUUGGAUAAGAAAAGCUGCCAGGAACAUUCCAGCACUUCUGACUUUCCUACAUACUAUGCAGCCAGGACAAAAGUCCCACAGGCAAAGUGUUUCAGGUGUCCAGUCAUCCAAGCGGCUUUCAGCUUGGGGAGGUGAAUGCCAAGAGGAAAUUGGUUGGCACUAAUCUCAUCUCAACCUUUGAACCACAUUGUAGUGGGAAAUUGUCAGAUGGUAUGAUUGGCAUUCACAGGGGAAACAAGGCUCUUCAACAUAUGAAAAGAUUUUCUACUUCCUUCACUAUGAGAUGCAUGAAGAUUGAAACUGCAUUGAAAUGCUUCUUCGUACCUCACAGAUGAGCAAAAAUUCAAGUGUUUGAGCACACACUGUGUGGGUAAGGCAUAGAAACAUUUAUUCUCCUACAUUCAUCUUGGAUAUGCAAAGUAGGACCACCCUUGUGGAGAGCAAUUGGGCAACAUUUUUCAAAAUUAAAAAUGCAUAGUAGGUUUUGACUCAGGAGUCUCACUUCUGAGAAUUUAUCCCACAGAUAUACUUGCAGGCAUUCCAGAUGAAAAACAGUCAUUGCUAUUCCCUUUUCUUUUGUUCAUGAAUGAGAACAUUAUAAAAGCAGAAUAUGAGCAACUAUUCAAGCAUUCAUCUGUAGGUCUGGUUAAGCAGAGUCUGCUGCUUUCACAUAAUGGAAUUCUAUGCAGUUGUUUAAAAAAAAAAUAGGCACCUUCUUUUACAUACAUGGAAAGAAACAUCCAUGAAUAUUACUAAGUAAAGAAUAAAUAAAGGUAAAAACAACCUAUAUCGUUUGGCUCCUUUUGCAUAUGUGUAUUUGCUUUUAAUUGCCCAAAGAAACACUGAAAGGAUUCAAAAGAUUCAUAUUUAAACAGGAUGGGCUAAGAGAAGAACAGAAGCAGUGGAAGCCUUGUAUACCUCUUUAUGUGAUUUUAAUUUUGUAAUUACAUGAUGGGUUUGCCUAACUGUUAAAAUAACCUUAAAGAGUAAUUGAUUGCAUAUCCAUGCUAAGUCAUCUUUUAUUCAUGCUAAACCUUUCCAGUUCAUUCAGUCUGCCCUCUUGUAUAAUAAUUUCCACAUCUUCCAUCAUCCUGAUCCCUCUUCUCCUACAAACAUUUCAAUGUUCCUUUCUAAAUGUAGUUCCCUACACCAAAAGCAGCCAGGUUACAGCACAAUAUGAUUCCCUUAUGCUGGAUCAUGAGUCUCUAUUUAUAUAGUGUCUGAUCUUACACUAGUGUCUUUUUUCUUUCUUUCUUUUUUAAAUAGUCACGUAUUAUUAGGAUAACAUCCGAUGAUAUGCCUUAAUUCUUUUCACAUAAAAUGUUAAAGCUAUUCUCUCUAUUGUGCCCCACUAGCCCCGACUCUAUCUCCUUCAACCUCCUACACAGAUUAUCAUUAAUAUUUUUAAACAUCAAUGCAAAGCAAAAACAAAUAUGUACUCUAUAUUCUCUUUACAGUAAUUCUAUAAACCUAAAACUGUUCCAAAAUAGAAGACUUACGUUUUUAAAAAGCUACCUGAUUCUGAUUAAAGUUUAUGUCAUCAAAAUUAACCUGUUGUACAGCCUAGAAGAUUGUUUUAAAUAUUAAUUCAAUUUUUCAAGAUACGGCUGUCUACACAUUUCCUAAAUAUGGCUUCCAUGUCUUUUAGAUUUUGAUAACAAAUAGAGAGACAUUUUAUCCAUAACCUUCAAUUUACUUCAAUAUUUCGUAGACUAGAUGAAGCUUAGAGAUUGUCUAAUCUUAUAAACUCAUUUCACAGAUGUGGAAACUGAAGCCCAAGGGGGUGAAGUAAUUUCUGGAAGGUCACACAGCUACAUUGUAACAAAGCAGAAUGAGGCCACAGAUGACUUGAUUUCCAGACAAGGAGAUUUUCUGGUCCUUUUGGAAACAGAUGAUUCUGUUGAAAACAAAUUGGUUGUAGAUCAAAAUCAAAAGGGUUACAAGGACAGAUGGAUUAGAAACAGGGACAUCCAGUUACUGAUUUUGUACGUCUCAGUCAGUGAUGAGUACUUUACUUCCAACAAAAUGUCAAGACUAAAGGAACAGUUUAUCCAAUGGUAGAUUUAGGUUGUGAUUAUUUGAAUACAACAUAAUGAUAAAUGAUACUUUUACUUCCUUUCACAUUCUGUGAUCGAUAUUUGUUAGACAUUUUAGGAAUAUUCAACAAUAAAAAGUUGUGCAUUA